CGAGCCCGGGGCGGAGGACGCGCGGACUCGGAUCUUGCUGCUGAGUGGGCUCGGAUCGCUGGCUUUCCCCCGCCCUCUCUCCCCCCGCUCUUCAUCUGUUCCCGGUUUGCACCUCUAGACCCUCUCUCGACUCCGUCCUCUCCCUGACCACUGGAAGUCUUCCCGUCUCUAAAUGGAAUUAGUGGAGCCUGGAGCCUCUGGUGUAAGGAACAGACAUGAUCUAUGGACGCAGUUUGUUUCACAUUGUAGCAAGUUUAAUCAUCCUCCAUUUGUCUGGAGCAACCAAGAAAGGAACAGAAAAGCAAACCACCUCAGAAACACAGAAGUCUGUGCAGUGUGGAACUUGGACAAAACAUGCAGAGGGAGGUAUCUUCACUUCCCCGAACUAUCCUAGCAAGUACCCCCCUGACCGGGAAUGCAUCUACAUCAUAGAAGCUGCCCCAAGACAGUGCAUUGAACUUUACUUUGAUGAAAAGUACUCUAUUGAACCAUCUUGGGAGUGUAAAUUUGAUCAUAUUGAAGUUCGAGAUGGACCUUUUGGAUUUUCUCCAAUAAUUGGACGUUUUUGUGGACAACAGAAUCCACCUGUAAUAAAAUCCAGUGGAAGAUUUCUAUGGAUUAAAUUUUUUGCUGAUGGAGAGCUGGAAUCUAUGGGAUUUUCAGCCCGGUACAAUUUCACACCUGAUCCUGACUUUAAGGACCUUGGAGUUUUGAAACCAUUACCAGUGUGUGAGUUUGAGAUGGGCGGCCCUGAAGGCAUUGUGGAGUCUAUACAAAUUAUGAAGGAAGGCAAAGCUUCUGCUAGCGAGGCUGUUGAUUGCAAGUGGUACAUCCGAGCACCCCCGCGAUCCAAGAUCUACUUACGGUUCUUGGACUAUGAGAUGCAGAAUUCCAACGAAUGCAAGAGGAACUUCGUGGCAGUGUAUGACGGAAGCAGCUCGGUGGAGGACCUGAAAGCCAAGUUCUGCAGCACGGUGGCCAACGACGUGAUGCUCCGCACGGGCCUCGGGGUCGUCCGCAUGUGGGCCGACGAGGGCAGCCGUAACAGCCGCUUCCAGAUGCUCUUCACGUCCUUCCAAGAACCUCCCUGUGAAGGCAAUACUUUCUUCUGCCACAGUAACAUGUGUAUUAACAAUACGCUGGUAUGCAAUGGACUCCAGAACUGUGUGUACCCUUGGGAUGAAAAUCAUUGUAAAGAAAAGAGGAAGGCCGGGCUGCUGGACCAGCUGACCAACACCAGCGGGACGGUCAUUGGCGUGACUUCCUGCAUUGUGAUCAUCCUUAUUAUCAUUUCUGUCAUUGUGCAGAUCAAACAGCCUCGUAAAAAAUAUGUCCAAAGGAAAUCGGACUUUGACCAGACAGUUUUCCAGGAGGUGUUUGAGCCUCCUCACUAUGAGCUGUGCACCCUCAGAGGGACGGGAGCCACAGCUGACUUUGCCGAUGUGGCCGACGACUUUGAAAACUACCAUAAACUGAGGAGGUCCUCUUCCAAAUGCAUUCACGACCAUCACUGUGGUUCCCAACUGUCCAGUGCGAAAGGCAGCCGCAGCAACCUCAGCACGAGAGACGCUUCCGUCUUGACCGAGAUGCCCACACAGCCCGUCAAGCCCCUCAUCCCACCCGUGAACAGGAGGAACAUCCUCGUCAUGAAACACAACUACUCCCAGGAGGCUGCCGACGCCUGUGACAUCGACGAGAUCGAGGAGGUGCCCACCACGAGUCACAGGCUGUCCCGCCACGAGAAAGCCGUCCAGCGGUUCUGCCUCAUUGGGUCUCUAAGCAAACAUGAAUCUGAAUACAACACAACUAGGGUCUAAACAGAAAAUUCAAGAGAAGAACUAUUUAUACAAACAUGGGGACUGUGAAAAGGAAAUUCUGUAGUGAAUUGUGAAAAGUGGACAUAUUUCUAAAUUCAUUCCACUGCCUUUAUCCAAACUUAAGAAUUACAGACAUUUGUUAUUACUUCGGCAAGACUUCCCCGCUGCACAAUGAUAUGUUCAUUUCGUAAUUUGGUUGCAGGCCACCAAGUGCUCCUUAGUUUUUAAAUACAUUUUGAGAUUUACUGGAAACUUGAAGAAGAAAUUAGUUCCUGAUUGAGACUAUCCCAGCUUUAUUUUUCCUGUCGGUUUCACUUUGUUUCUAUGUUGCUUUAUGUCUUUGUUAGAUAAUUGUACAUUGUGUGAUAUGUGAAAAAAAAAACCCACACUUUUGGAUGAACUUUGUGUUACAUGUACAUUGUUUUCAUUAUAUAGACUGCUUGAGAAUAGUGCGUUCCUGAGUGAUUUUGAACAUGCUACAGUGAAAAGUGAAAAUAUGGACCAUGGAAACACCAGCUAGAGGCUUUAUGGACUAUAAACAUCUGUUGUUGUAAUAUCAUUAAAUGCAGCCAAAAGUACUAAGUAAAAUUACUAGAUUGCAAUAAGAAAAAAUCUCAUUUUUUUUUGUCUCUCCUAUAUACCCCCAUUUCCUUUUUUUUUUUAAUCAAAAGAAGAUUCCAAGUUUCAGAAAUAGUUUUGAGGUCAGGUAUUUUACCAUUCAUACCCUUUAAUAGAAAUGAUUUUUGAUUAAGCAUUUAGCAAUAUGACUGACAGUUUAAGAAAAUACCCUGCA